AUUGGAAAGUAUCAAGGAGGUUACCAUCACAAUCUAUCACAUUGGUAAUGAAUGGUGGGACCUUUGUGGUGGGCCCCAUGUUGAGUCUACUGGGAAAUAUUGAUAGGAAAUCUGUUGAACUUAAACCCGUUGCUGGUGCUUACUGGAGAGGACACACUAACAAACUGAUGCUCCAAAGGAUUUAUGGCACAGCAUGGGAGGAUGAAAAACAAUUGAAAGCAUACCUUCAUUUUAAAGAGGUGGCUAAACACUGGGAUCACAGGUGCCUUGGCCAAGAUCUUGAUCUGUUCUCGAUACAGGACGAAGCUGGUGGAGGUUUGGUGUUCUGGCAUCCAAAGGGGGCCAUUGUAAGACACAUAAUAGAAGAUGCCUGGAAAAAAAUUCACAUGGAACAUGGUUAGAUCUGUUGUACAUUCCCCACGUAGCAAAGGCAGAUCUUUGGAAGAUCAGUGGUCAUCUCGAUUUCUACAAAGAGAAUAUGUAUGAUCCGGUGAAGAUUGAUGAAGAACUUUACCAGCUUCGACCAAUGAACUGUGCUUACCAUAUUUUGGUUUAUAAAGAAGCUGCACUCUUGUAAGGAUUUUCCAAUCAGGGUUGCAGAGCUGGGAACUGUAUGUAGAUAUGAAUUAUCUGGAAGCUUACAUGGUCUUUUCCGUGUAAGAGGUUUCGCACAGGUACAUUUUCCUCUGAUUUACUUGGAAACUGUUAGUCCGUA